CCCUGUCCAUCCCGUCAAACGUCAAAGGCUCAUUUCUUGUUGUUGGUGCAUCUCAUCAUCAUCAUCUCCAAGAAGUCACCAACCAAGCAGCCUGUGUCUCUUGUCGACGAAAAAGACCAGCACUUCGAUCUCAUCGUAUCGUACAUCAACCUUUCACAUAAUUUGUUGGCACUCCGACAAUAAAAGAGUUGAUUACUAGCGGUUUUACGAUCGUUUGAAAGAGUACCGUACCGUAUCGAUUGAAAAGAGAAGAAGAAGAAGUAACCAUGCCGUCUCUACUCAAGAAGCUGAGCAGUCGUCGCCGUCGUCGUUCGACAUCCUCCAAGAAGGAUCUAGUGGGCAAGACGGCCGCCCGUGUGAGGAGCAAUGGCAGUCACAUCCCCAUGACGUCCAUCUCGAUUCAAAAGACCAUGUCCGAAUCCAGCAUCAUGGUCGAUUCUCCCGUUCACUCGCCCGUCGUCAAGCGAGCCUCUUCCAAUACGUUUACCGAACAUACCAUGUCGUCGUCUCAUUCUUGGAGCGACCAUGACUCCUCCGUAGCUCCCACUUCCAACAGCAGCACUAUUUCCGCUGAUCAAGAAAAACUUAGCAAGCUGGACAUUCCUCCUCGUCCGGAACAGUCGCACUGGGACGAAGAGCAAUUCCUCAAGGUCAUUACGGUCUGGGAUUUGAGUCAGGAAGAAGUCUACAUGAUGCGUGAACUAGAGGCCAAACUCUUUGAUGUCACGCACUGGAAAAACAAUCCCUUUGAAGUCGUUCGAUUCAUGAAGGGACCGCAGGGAUACAAACCUGCCGAGAAACUCUUUCGUAGAAUGAUCAAGUGGCGAAUUGCCAACAAUGUCGACUCCAUUCUGGAUGACUACAAACCACCUCCCGUCUUGAUGGACUACUGUCCCAGUGCCAUCUUGCAAGGCUUGGACCACGAUGGAGAUCCGGUCUACCUCGAACGUGCCGGUGCCACUGAUGUCGCGAGUCUCCUCAAAGAGUUUGGACACAAGGCACUCAUUCGACACACCAUUUGGUUGCGGGAACUCUGUGGCCGUGGUGCCUGGAUCAAGGACCAUGAGGAACGCAUGGGACGACCCAUUACUCAGGUCACCAUUGUCUAUGACUUGGAAGGUCUCAAUUCUCGUCAUUUGAGACCCGGCGUCUUGCCACUCUUUGCGCACAUGAUGCGAUUGACUCAAGACAACUAUACCGGGCCUGUCAAGCGCAUGGUCAUUAUCAAUUGCCCCUCCAUCUUCCGCGUUGUCUGGGCCAUUGCGAAGAACUUUUUCGAUCCCUGGGCGGUUGCCAAAAUGACCUUUACCGGACCCGAUGAUGCCGAGGAAAAAUUGAGCCGGUUCAUGGACCUUGAAAUUCUACCUCCUUGUGUCAGCCCCACACACGGCAAAGGGCGAGCCGCCAGUGGCAUGCCGCAACGAUUCGAAGGUGGAAUUCCACACGCCAUGGAUUACACCGAAUCCAUCUCUCCCGAAUUGGCCAUUGAAAAAAUGCCCACGCAAAAUCACACACUUCCCGAGGACUUUUCGUCGCCCGAUAUGGACGAUAGUCGAGGGAGUAUCUCGUCCCGUCUCUUGGGAAGUGGAUUCUUCGAUAUGAACGAAUACGGUGAUGUCUUGUCGUCUGGAUUCUUCGACUCGGAUGAUGUGGAUUGUGAUAUCAUUGAUCCCUUGGCCUAAGUCUAGGCAUACUUCUCUCGGAUAGACUUGUGUGAGUGAAUGAGUGAUUUUUGUGUGUGAGUGUGGUGUGAUACAAGAAUGACGUCUACGGAGAGAAAGAAAAAAAGAGGCCACGGUCGUCUUCCCCAAGACGGCUAGAGGGUGCGUUUUGUGUUCACGUUCUUAAUGGCAACAGCUACUAGGUAGUACGAAGCAUGAUAUAUAAAUGAUCGAUGUACAUGCUCUUUCACUAUUGUCAUAGUAAGCAGGAUAUGAAAUGUUCUCUUCUCUAGUAGAAG